AUGAGAAUUGUAAAAAGUUUUAUUGAAGUAUCAGCCGAUUCACACUUUUCAUUCCAAAAUCUACCAUACGGUAUUUUCAAACCAAGUGAGAGUGCUGCUCCACGUGUUGGUGUUGCCAUCGGUGAUUUGGUUUUGGAUCUCUCUGUGUUGGUAGACAACGGAUUCUUUAACGGUCCACUCUUGAACCAUACAACCGUAUUCCAUCAGGAUGCUCUCAAUGCAUUCAUGGCACUUGGUCGUUCCGCCUGGACCGAAGCUAGAUCCACUUUGAAGCGUUUGCUCGCCGUCGAUGUUCCAGACUUGAGAGACAACACCACCGUUCGUAACGCCGCUUUCCACCCACAAUCACAGUGCACAAUGUUGUUGCCAGUGCGUAUCGGUGACUACACUGAUUUCUACGCUUCGAAAGAGCAUGCCACCAACGUCGGUAUCAUGUUCCGUGGAAAGGAGAACGCUCUCAUGCCAAACUGGACACACUUGCCAGUCGGAUAUCACGGUCGUGCAUCGAGUGUCGUCGUGUCCGGUACCAAUUUGCAUCGUCCACAAGGUCAAACCAAGGCUGACGACGAAGCCGCUCCAUCGUUUACUCCAUGCAGACAGUUGGAUUUCGAGUUGGAAAUGGGUGCCAUCAUCGGAACCGGUAAUAAGCUCGGACAGCCAAUCACCAUUCAAAACGCCAAGGAGCACAUCUUUGGUUUGGUUCUUUUGAACGAUUGGUCCGCCCGUGACAUCCAAAAAUGGGAAUACGUUCCACUCGGUCCAUUCUUGGCCAAGAACUUUGGUACUACAAUCUCUGCCUGGGUUGUCACUUUGGAUGCCUUGGAGCCAUUCGCCGUUCCAGCACCAACUCAAGACCCAACCCCAUUGCCAUACUUGAGAGAGACCGGAAAUAACACCUACGACAUCAAUCUCUCGGUUGCCAUCAAAUCAAAGGAUAUGGAUGCACCACAGGUAGUCUCAAACACCAACUUGAAGUACAUGUACUGGACUCUUACACAGCAAUUGGCUCACCACACAAUCAGUGGAUGUAACAUGAACACAGGUGAUCUUUUGGGUACUGGAACUAUUAGUGGACCAACUGAAGACAGUUAUGGUUCAAUGUUGGAACUCGCAUGGAAGGGUACCAAACCAGUUUCAAUUGGUAAAGAGGAAAGAAAAUUCAUUUUGGAUGGUGAUACCGUUGUUAUCAAAGGUGUUUGCAAAGGAGAUGGUUACAAUGUUGGUUUUGGUGACAAUGUUGGUACUAUUCUUCCAAUCGUUCCAAUCAACUUCAAUUAA